AUGACUACAGCAGGCAUGAGCAUGUGCAGGGCGGUCUUCUAUGAGGACAGGAACUUCCAGGGUCGCUCUUAUGAGUGUAUGGGUGACUGUGCUGACAUGUCUCCUUACUUGAGUCGCUGCCACUCUUGCAAAGUGGAAAGUGGCUGCUUCAUGAUGUACGAUCGUCCCAACUACAUGGGAAAUCAGUAUUUCUUUAGGAGGGGAGACUAUGCUGAUUACAUGUCUAUGUUUGGCAUGAGUGACUGCAUCAGAUCUUGCCGUAUGAUCCCUAUGCACAAGGGAUCCUUCAGAAUGAGGAUCUAUGAAAGAGAGAACUUUAUGGGUCAGAUGUACGAGAUGAUGGACGACUGUGACAACAUCAUGGACCGUUAUCGCAUGUCUCAAUGCCAGUCCUGUCAUGUGAUGGACGGCCACUGGCUCAUGUAUGAGCAGCCCCACUACAGAGGCAGGAUGUGGUACUUCAGACCUGGAGAGUACAGGAGCUUCAGAGAUAUGGGUGGCAUGAGAUUCAUGAGCACAAGGCGCAUCAAUGAUUCCUUCUAUUAA